CGGGUCACGUGAGAUCCGGCGCCCAGGCCGUGGCAGCGGAGGCGGCCGUGAUGAAACCGAGAUCCGCGAGUUUCGUGGAUAACAAGUUGAAGCAGCGAAUCAUCCAGUACCUCACCGGUAACAAAUGUGGCAAAUAUGUGGACACAGGAGUCUUAGCAUCUGAUUUACAAAGAAUGUACAGUAUAGACUAUGGUCGAAGAAAAAGAAAUGCUUUUCGGAUUCAGGUAGAAAGAGUAUUUAGCAUAAUUAGUAGUGAGAAGGAACAUAAGGAUCUGAAAGAAUUAGAAGAUGAACAUCUGGCAAAAAGAGCAAGACAAGGCGAAGACGACGAUGAGGACACCGAAAGCUAUUCAGAGGAUGAUUCAAGUACGGAAGACUGCGCAGACCCACCGUUGGCAAAUCACAUGAACACUUCCCUGCUCUCCUUAUAUCGGAAAGGAAAUCCUGACUCUGUUUCAAGUACUCCCGAGAUGGAGCAAAGAGAAACCAGCGUUUCAGCACCGCCGAUAACUUCCAGAACCGGCUCCAUUCCUUUGAAGACCCCUGCCAGAGGUUCUGAAGGAGGAUGGUUUAUCGACAGGACUCCAGGUGGAAGGAAAGACAGCUUUUUCUUGGACCUAUCAGAGGAGAAAAGUAAUAAUAAGAAGCCAAUAUCUGAGAUAGAGGAUUCAAAAGAGUCUUCUCUUUUGGAGAGUAAUAAAAAAAGGAAGGGCAGGUUAAAGAGCAAAGGAGGCAAAAAGAAGAAAGAAGAUCCUCAGGAAGUAGAUGGAGAAAUAGAAGCUGUCCUGCGGAAGAAAGCUAAUGCCGUAGGGCCAGAAUUCCAGACGUCCAGUGUGAAGUUUGAAGAUGUUGGGGGCAAUGACACGACGUUAAAGGAAGUCUGCAAGAUGCUCAUACACAUGCGUCACCCGGAGGUGUACCAGCACCUGGGCGUCAUACCCCCUCGUGGAGUUCUCCUUCACGGACCACCAGGCUGUGGGAAGACGUUGCUUGCACAUGCCAUUGCUGGGGAACUUGACCUUCCAAUUCUGAAAGUAGCUGCCACGGAGAUAGUGUCUGGAGUAUCUGGAGAAUCUGAAGAGAAGCUGAGAGGCCUGUUUGAACAAGCUGUGUCAAAUGCACCCUGUAUCCUUUUUAUUGAUGAAAUUGAUGCCAUUACCCCCAAAAGAGAAGUUGCUUCAAAAGACAUGGAAAGAAGAAUUGUAGCCCAGCUCCUAACCUGCAUGGAUGAUCUGAACAGCGUGGCUGCCACAGCCCGGGUCCUCGUCAUUGGCGCUACGAACCGCCCAGACUCGCUCGACCCUGCCCUGAGACGUGCGGGGAGGUUUGACCGGGAAGUGUGCCUGGGCAUCCCAGACGAGGCCUCCAGGGAGAGAAUACUUCAAACUCUGUGCCGAAAACUGAGACUCCCUGGAGCGUUCCCGUUUCGCCACUUGGCACACCUCACGCCGGGCUUCGUGGGCGCUGACUUGAUGGCGCUGUGCCGGGAGGCGGCCGUGUGCGCGGUCAGCAGGGUCCUAAUGCAGCUGCGGGACGCGCCGAGGGGAAGCCCGGAGCCCGAGGGUCGGCUGGCUGAGCCCCCUCGUAAAGCGCAGGGUGAAUUGCAAAGUCUGCUGAUGUUGCUAAGAAACCAAGAUCCCCUCUCAGAGGAGCAGCUGCAAGGGCUGUGCAUUGAGUUGAAUGAUUUCAUUGUUGCUCUGUCCUCAGUCCAACCCUCUGCCAAAAGAGAAGGCUUUGUCACUGUCCCUAAUGUGACAUGGGCAGAUAUUGGUGCCCUGGAAGAUAUUAGAGAUGAGCUCACCAUGGCAAUAUUGGCACCAGUUCGUAACCCAGAUCAGUUCCAGGCCCUUGGAUUGAUGACUCCGGCUGGAGUCCUCCUUGCUGGUCCUCCUGGCUGUGGGAAGACUCUGCUGGCGAAGGCUGUUGCAAAUGAGUCGGGACUGAAUUUUAUAUCUGUCAAGGGCCCGGAACUACUAAAUAUGUACGUCGGUGAAAGUGAGCGUGCUGUGCGGCAGGUGUUUCAGCGCGCCAAGAACUCCGCCCCCUGUGUGAUCUUCUUCGAUGAAGUGGAUGCCUUAUGCCCUCGGAGAUCAGACCGAGAGACGGGGGCAAGUGUCCGGGUGGUGAAUCAGCUACUCACAGAGAUGGACGGCCUGGAAAUGCGCCAGCAAGUUUUUAUCAUGGCAGCCACUAACAGGCCAGAUAUCAUUGACCCUGCAAUCCUGCGCCCAGGCCGCCUGGAUAAAACCCUCUUUGUGGGUUUGCCGCCCCCGGCGGCUCGUCUGGCCAUCUUGGAAACCAUCACGAGAAGUGGCACCAAACCCCCGCUGGACGCAGAUGUCAAUCUGGAAGCGAUUGCUGGUGACCAUCGCUGCGAUGGCUAUUCGGGCGCAGAUCUCUCUGCUUUGGUGCGGGAAGCUUCUCUCUGUGCCCUGAGACAGGAAAUGGCAAGACAGAAGUGUGGGAAUGAAAAAGGUGAACUCAAAAUUAGCCAGAAGCACUUUGAAGACGCUUUCAAGAAAGUAAAAUCAUCUAUAUCAAAAAAGGAUCAAGUGAUGUACGAAGCCCUGAGGCAGUCCCUGAGCCCGUGACUGCCCCGCAGCGGGCGGGGAGGGGUUCCCAUGCAUCACCAUGGCAGAGACGCCCCCACACUCCGAGGCGCUGCGUUCGGCUUGGCAGAUGUGGUCCCGUGUAAGCGUUUCAUUCUCAAAUUACUGAGGCCAAAUCGGAGCUGAAGAUUUCUUCCCAUCUGGUCAGCCUUGUGUGGAAACAGCCUACUUCCUCCUUAAGGAAAGAAAUGUGAACUGCCAAAAUAAAGUAACUGAUACUUUUUUUAAAUAAAAAAAAAAUUUUUUUCCGAAAUAAUCUCAACUGUACUAUGGAAAAGUUGCGAUUACGGUAAAAA